AUGUCUGAAGCUUUUCUACACCCGAAGAUUUAUAACAUCGCCGAGCGCAGGAAUUAUACGCCGAAUUUUACAGCCACUGAUUAUGAUAUUAAUUUUUUGCACCGAGGAACACCAUUAGUUAUUGACAAUGGAUCAUAUCAAUGUCGAGUUGGAUGGGCUACCGAAUCAUCCCCUACACUACAAUUCGACAACCUGGUGUCAAAAUACAGAGAUCGCAAAUUAAAUCAAAGCAUGUUGAUAAUUGGCAACGACAUUUAUACGGAUGCGACGGCAAAGACAAACGCAAAAUCUGCUUUCGACGGAAAUGUCGUGUAUAACUUUGAGACCAUGGAGUACACGUUAGAUUAUAUAUUCGUAAAACUUGGAAUAAAUACUGAAACAAUAGAUCAUCCAAUUCUAAUGACCGAACCUAUAUGUAAUCCAAGUCACUCAAGAAAAUUGUGCUACGGUAUUGACGCACUCUUUAGUUACCAUGCGAACGGUCUGUCACUUGACGGGGGGGUUAUCAUAUCAUCUGGUCAUACUACUACUCAUGUUAUACCUGUGGUCGGUGGUCGCGGAGUUUUGGAACAAACUAAAAGGAUAUCCUACGGCGGGCUGACAUCCACUGAUUACAUGUUAAAGUUGAUGCAACUUAAAUAUCCAACUUUUCCAACAAAGAUGACCGUUAAUCAAGCGCAAUAUCUCGUGCACAAUUACACCUAUGUGGCGGCGGAUUAUUUUUCGGAACUGAAGGAAUAUUCGAACCCAAAAUCAUUUGCCGAAAGAGAUCGAAUAAUCCAAUUUCCUUAUGUCCCACCGGCAAACGAAAAAACUGAAGAAGAAUUGGCCAGAGCAGAAGAAAGGAAACAAGAACAAGCACGUCGAUUAAAGGAGCAGGCAGCCAGAUUGCGAGAGAAAAAGCUGAAAGAUCUUGAAGACAACUUGGCCGCCUAUAUGGAACUAAAAUCAAGCAAAUCAUCGCUCAAAAAAUCGGAGUUUGUAGCGAGACUAAAAGAAAACAGGAUAAGCGACGAGGCUGAACUAGAUGAUUUAAUUCAAAAGACCGAGAAAGCAGUUCAACGAGCAAGGAAUAAAUUAUUGGGUAUCGAUGAAGUUGAGAUAAAGGAAGAGCCUACAUUUCCAUUAGUCGACAUACCAGACGAUCAAUUAAAUGAUGCCGAGAAGAAAGAGAAGAAAAAACAAAUAUCAGCAAAAAGUCUCCACGAGUCGCGACAAAGACAGAGAGAGGCCAAAGAAUUGAUUAGACGACAGCAUGAAGCGGAGGAAAGGAUGGAAGAGCAAAAGCGGCAAGCGGACUUCGAAGGCUGGCUAAACGAACUGAAGCGCAAUUAUCAGGCUCAGCUAGACAAAGUAAAAAGUCUAAAACGGAAAAAGGAACAGCUUUCGGAUCGAAGGAGUCACGCCUCUCAACUUCGAAUGAAAUCGAUAGCAAACCUGGCGAGUGAUACCCCACAACAGAAGAGGAGGAGGAGAGGUCAGGAUGAAGAUACGUUUGGAAUGGAUGAUAACGACUGGUCAAUUUACAAAGAGAUUAGUAAGGAAGAGGACGCGUGGGAAGAGGAAGAGGAGCUUUCUCAAUUAAAGGAAUAUGAGACGAAACUUCUUCGGUACGACCCAACAUUCUUACCAGAGCAUACAUUUGAUGCAAAGAAUUCUAUCAAAAACUCGCUUGUAUUCAUGUUCACGCACGGAAUUGCACCACAAUAUGACCCGGAGGAUUUUGCGCAAAUACAUCAAUUGCAUGUUAAUAUCGAGAGAAUAAGGGUCCCAGAAGCAUUAUUUCAACCUAGUAUAUUGGGACUUGAUCAAGCCGGAAUUGUGGAAACUUUUGGGGAUAUUAUCAGUAGGUUUGACGAAGAACAGAGAAAGAAUAUGUCCGUAUUUGUUACUGGAGGACAUACUCGGACUCCGGGAUUAUUAAAUAGAAUGAAUAUUUCACUUCGAUCAAUUCUACCCGCUGGAUCACCUCUCAAGAUAAUUCAUGCAAAAGAUCCAACACUUGAUGCAUGGCGUGGCGCAGCGAUGUGGGCAAGAACGAAUGAUUUUAAAAACUACGUUGUUACAUCCGAAAUGUACAGAGAAUGCGGGGGGGAAUAUUUGAAAGAACAUAGAUUCGGAAAUGUUUAUAAAAUAUGA